UAGCGAGGAAUCCUAUUCGGAAUAAGAGAAUUUCCCUUAUAAAAAAGGAAACGUUGACAGCUAUGAUCUGGAUCUGAAGCACAACCAAGUAUCUUUGUUUUCACCUACAGAAUGUUCAAGGGUGUGUCAUUUCUAUUGACACACACACACACCCUUUGCUAUGUUCUUCCUUUCUCCUCCCUGCUGUGGCGGCUCCUCCCUUUCUGAGAGGUGACCCACGUUUCACAAUGGCCAGUUUAUUAGCAGGCCAGAAGCAGGCACUGCCUCGUUGCCACCACAGUUUCCAUAGCAGCAGCUGCCCUGCUUUUUGUCUUGGCAUGGGAUAUGUAUUUCCCCACAGAAAGCUGGUGCACACAGAAGAGAAAAGAACGUAAUUGCAGGCCUCUCUCUCAGCACUGGGAAUUCAGAGUCACACCAGCAUGCUUUGUGAGGAGGUACGAUCCCAUGAUCUUCCUGGAUCUUCUGUCUUUAACUUGGAUCCAUAGAUCCCAAUUCUGGAUCUGUGUCUAAAUCUACACAACUGGAGACAGACAAAAAGACUGGGCUGUGACCAUUCAACUCUUCACAUGUUGCUCCAGAAUUGGAGAGGAUUUGCAGGCUUGCCCUCCCAGCACUGUCCUAGCAAUAAACGUUUCCCAGAUGGCUUCGCAGAAAUUGAGUCUUUGGGAUUGCCCAGCAAAGUUGCAGAAAGUUCUAGAAGAAGCCAUCAGCCCUCUCAACCAGUUUCUGCCACAGAGCUGAAGAGGAUCAACAUGGACAGGGCUCUUUCUCCAAAGGUUCUCUUUCCAUCAAAGAUAGUUGUCAAUGAGGCAUCAGGACCGCUGGAGCUCAGCAGCUCAAGAGGCCGAGUGGGAGAAUACAGCAGGGAAUCCCUUCAUCCCAAGCAUCCCCAGAGAGCCAAGUCUAUGAGUCCACCACAAGUGCUCCGCACGAAAGGCAGCAGAAUAGAUAUACCAGAUGGUGCAGAACACAAUAGCUCAACCGUCAGAAGAAGGCAUUAUAUCUAUCGCCUCCCAAACUGGAAUAGAAGGGAGGAUAGUUCCACACAGCCACUAGCUAGAAGGAGGCAGAGUUGCUCAGAGUUGGACCUGCGAGCAUCUUUACCAGAAGAGCUGCCAAGGAACACUGAGGCGGGAGAAACCUGGUCCGUGAGGAACCUUGAGCUGGAACUCAACAUGAUGCACUUUGAGCUGGUUUCCCUGAAGCAGAAGCAGAUGGAGAGCUCUUUCGCUCACAUAGAAAAGGAAAAGCAGUGGUUGGAAAUGACUUGCUCAGAAGACAGGAAGCACAAAGGAGACCUGGAUGAUAAGCUCUUCAGUUUGGAAACAGAACUGGUAAAGGCCAGAUAUUCUCCAGGCAUGAGGAACCAUGGAUCACUCUCAUCCCCGGGCUCCAAUCAGAACGCCACUGUGGAAGAACUGGUCAGCCUUCAAAGCAGCCUGUUGGCUCACGAAAGCCACAUCAAGUCCUUAGAAGAAAAACAAGAGGAGAUGGGGCAGAAGCUGGAAACUGCAAAAGAGGAGAAGGAUCGGCUGGAAGAGAAAGUGAGGGAGCUUAGCCUGAAGUUGGAAUCUGCCCUUUCUGUCUGGGAGAAACUCCUUCAGGAGAAGGUGGCUCUCCACCAGGAGGUCCAACAUCUCACCUUGGAGCUGGAGCGUGCACGGAAACAGCAGGAAGGCUCCAACGACCAAGUCUCAGCCCUCCAUUCGGAGCUCGUCUGUGCCGAAACCCAAGUCAAUCACCAGGACAAGGAGAAGGUUCUCAUGGAGGAGGAGCUGGAGUCCACCAGACAGGUGUGCAAAACGCUCUCUUCCGAAGCAGCCGAGAGCCGCCAGAGGCUGGAAGCCUCUCUGGAGAAGCUCCAUCACUCCGAAGCAGAGAAGAAGAUUCUUGAGAGCCGCAUCCAGGCGCUGGAGAAUGAGCAGAGCCAGGUGCUGGAAGAGGCGGAAGAGAGGGGAGCCUCUCUGAGUCAAGAGGACAGGAAGAAGCUGGAGGAAGAGGUGAAGGCUCUCCAGGAAACCUGUGCGAAUCUCAGGGAAUCCUGGAGGCUAGUACAGAGAGAGAAGGACCUGCUGCAGGCUCGUACCCUGGAGCUAGAAGCAGCUCUACAAGCCAAGCAGGAGGAGGUGGGUAGCCAGAUUGGGCACAUCCCCCUGGACAGGAGAGGUCGACAAGGGCAGCGGACGGCAGCCUCGAAGACCAAGGAGGAGGAGCUGCAGAACAUGAGUGCCCCGGGCCUCUCUGCCAAGGAACAAAGUCAGGACUCGGAAGCGAAAGUCACCAGGAGCCCCCGGGGAGAGCAGGAGAGCCUGAGGCGGCAGCAACAGCUGGUGACCGAGCAGCUGAAGGAGCUUUUCAGGCAGCAGCAGGCAGGACACAAGAAGCAUCCCGGAGGGCCAAAGGAAGAAAGCUCAGUGGCGCCUCUGAAGUCGCAAAGGAUGCUGACUGUAGCCAAACCCAUCAGGCUUCCUGAGGAAGGUCAGGGUGUUCCUGGAACCAGUGAAGAAGCCCAGAGUCUACAGCAGCAGCUGAGAGAGAAAACGGAAAUAAUCACCUCCAUGGCCUCUGAGAUCCAAGCUCUGAAGCAGAAGAAUGAAGCCUUAAUGAAAGCCAAACUGAGGUUCCAGCAACAGAUCCAAGAUAUCUGCAGACUUUCGAAGCAAGGACCAGAAAGGAGCAGGACUGAGUGUUUGGUUCCCCAGCUCUCCGCUAACCCGGACCAGGAUGUGCAAAGCGCUCAUGGGUGCAACAGCCCUGUGCCUUCACCCCAAAGGAACGAACUCACACCCUCCAUUUGCGGCAGAGAGAACUGGCCUGCGGCUGCACCGGACGCUCAGCUCCACUCUGGUGCUGAAGAAGAGCAAAGCCGUGUUGCUUCUGAAACGUGUGUUGCACAUUUGUCAGUCACAAGCUCUGCUGCCCAUGGAAAUCUCCUCUCUGCAUGGCCUCUCCCCUCGCUCCCGGGGUCCUCCAGCCCCACUGUGCCUUCUGUAAUGCUGUCGUUGCCCCCCACGACUUCCCACCAAGAAGGCCAGGGCCACCUUGAGGGCGAAGGGACCUUGCCCAGCCCCCGGAGCUCAGCUCUUUUGUCCCCGAGGCCAUUUGGGUCCCCAAGACCAUGGUCCCCCUUUAAAUUCAGAGGGAGCCCCGAACCUUCAGAGGACUGAACUGAAGGAGAGCUGGAGAAACUCUGCCAUAUUUGAACAUUAGGAAAUUCAAUGGAAAAAUCACUUAGACCAUGGGUAGGCAACCUAAGGCCCGUGGGCCAGAUGCGGCCCAAUCGCCU